AUGUCGAUCUCCAAACUAAUAAAGGUGAUUGCUGCCAUUUUUGCAGUGUCCACUUAUAAAACCCUCCCCUUUGCAUAUUUGCUCCGCUUCCACUAUCAGGUGUUUGCUCAUUUGGUUAGAAAAAGACCUCAAUACCUCAAGACUAAGCAAAAUACCUUCGGUGUGGGAAAUCACAAGUUGGACAUCUUCCGUGCCGUCAAAUACUCCACCUAUGCCUCGCCCUUAGAGAUAGAUAUGUACUUGCACAAGUCCAACUCCACGUACUUGUUGGACUUGGACAUUGCCAGAAGCAAGAUGGUGCUCGUGGUUUUCCAGAAGUUGUUCAUGCGGUACUGGGGAAACGAAAACGGUGAGUUCAAGAGAAAGUCUAUCAGAAAUUCUCCUUUCAUUCCCGUUGGAACCGUGCAAUGUGUGUUCCGCAAGGAGAUUUUCGUGUUUGAACGUUACGAUAUUAUUUCCAGUGUGAUGGCCUGGGACAAUAAGUGGUUGUAUGUGUUACUGAAGUUCGUGGCAUCCGACGGAAGAGUGUGUUGCAUUUGCGUGACAAAGUACGUGUUCAAAAAGAAGGGUAGAAUCACCAUGAGACCUCGUGAAUACAUUGAGGAGAUGGGCUUAUACAAUGAAGAUGUGGAAAAGAUCAACGAACAGAAUUACAAGUUGAUAGACCACCUUGAGACAUCCGACGGCUUGGAGGAGUUGGCCGCAAGAAUGACUCCUUAG